AUGGCUGACAACUCCGCCAAACGAAGCUCCUUGAAAGAGUUCAUCGCCUCAAUAGCAACAAUCAAAGGCGACCUCUCCAACAUCACCGCUCCACCCUUCGUGCUCGCUCCAACAUCUACAACGGAAUUCCCUCGAUUCUGGAUCUCGCACCCUUCUCUCUUCCUCGCGGCUGCGACUCUCCCAGACCCGGAAUCUCGCAUUCUUGCCGUACUGAAAUGGUUCCUCGCCUCCCUCAAAGAUCAGCAAUUCGCUGGCCGGGAUCCAACGGAUGGUAUCAAGAAGCCGUUGAAUGCGUUCCUGGGCGAGGUCUUCAUCGGUGAGACGGGCAAGGAGGGCGAAGAGACGAAACUGAUCUCCGAGCAAGUCAGCCAUCAUCCACCAGUCACGGCGUGCUAUCUGUGGAAUGAGAAGCACGGCGUCCGAGCCGAAGGCUACACCCGCCAACAAAUCACCUUCUCCACCACAGUCAACAUCCAACAAACCGGCCACGCCCUCUUAUCCCUCGACCACCACUCCGAAACCUACCUCAUCCCCCUGCCCCAAAUCAAAGUCAAAGGCAUCCUCACCGGCUCCCCUUACCCCGAACUCGACGGAAACUACACCCUCGCCUCCUCCUCCGGCUACGUCGCCGAAGUCGACUUCACCGGAAAAGGCAUGCUCGGUCUAAGCGGGAAGAAAAACCACCUCUCCGCCCACGUCUACGCUCCCGGCGACGACAAGCGGAAAGAUAAAAACGCCGUCUUCUCCGUCGAUGGAUCCUGGUCGGAAGGGUUCGAGGUCAAAGAUUCGGCGGGCAAAGUCGUGGACUCCUAUGAUGUGGCGUCUGCGCAACCCGAGCCGUUCCGUGCUUUGCCUCUUGAGCAGCAGGAUCCGUGGGAGUCGAGGAAAGCUUGGAAUGGAGUGAUCACGGCGAUUGAUGAGGGGAAUAUGCAGGGUGUUGCGGACGCGAAGAGUGAGGUUGAGAAUGCGCAGAGGGAGAUGAGGAAGAGGGAUGGGUUGAGAGAGGAGCAGUGGACGCCGUUGUUUUUCGAGCAGACGAAGGGGUGGGAGGAGGCGGAGAGGUUGGUGGUGUUGGAGAAGGAUUCCGCGGGGAUGGAAACGGAGAAGACGGAGGGGGUGUGGAGGUUCAGGAAGGAUAAGGCGGGAUUGCAGAGGCCUUGGAGGGGCGAGUUGACGCCGUUGGGUAGGUGA